AACUGAAACUUAAACCUUGCCUAUGGAUAGCGGAUGCCAGCAUUCUUUUAGCACAAAAAUGUUUGUAAAAGUCAAGUAUGGCUUCUUUUUUGCAUUAGAGAAUGAGUGUAUAUGAGGUUUAAAUUGACUUUAUGGGCAGCCAGUUGCUAAAACAAAUAACUUUUAUUUAUAUUUUAACUUACGUUUCAGACUGUUUUUUUUUCCCUAAAUGUUGAAAAAACAAAAUCCUUAAAACACUUGUGCUAUUCUGGACUCAUAAUUAGUAAAAUUACCCAACUGAACUAACAGAUAACACACAUUAAAUUUGUCCAAAAGACAAACAAACAAACAAAAACAAAAAACAGCGGAACGUAUUUUUUCGGUUCACGUUUCAACAGGACACAUUUAUGUGUGGGACAUUUUACGGAAUUUGCUAUUCACAAAAACACGUACGCUAAGCACCCCUGUUUGAGUUGAGUAUAGAUACGCAAAAUACGUAACUCCACAGCGUACAUUGAAGCGGGGUUUCGCCGGGUGGAGGCAACGGUUGAACCUUUUCUUUGAACUAAAUUCCUUAAAUAGUGAUAACAGAACACUCCAGUAAAAUGGCGAAACGGAGGAUCACACAGGAAACCUUUGACGCUGCUGUCAGGGAAAACGUGGAGGAUUUUGAGAUGGAUCCGGACGAAGCCCUGAGGGAAGCUGUAGAGCAGUUUGAGUCUCAAGGUGUGGACCUGAGUUGUAUUGUAAAAGCUGUGCCUGCUGCAUUAUCGGACUGUCAAGGAGAGCCAACACACGCUAUUUUACAGGCUUUAGAUUCCCUUCAAAAGGGCAGAGACUCUGUUUCUUUAGCUGGAGUGACAGAGGAGAUGAAGUGUUUUACUGAGCAGUGCUCCCUUGGAUUUGCACAGAGGUAUUUGGCUGCCCAGAAAGAUGCAUAUCCCAUCAUCCUUUCCUACAGCAAAAAAAGCCUGGAGGAAAAGGAGGCUGUAGUGACCGCUCUAUCCGCUUUGGCUGCUCUGACAGACGGACAGCCGGACUUGUUGGACGCAGAAGGCAGGCAGAUCCUCUUGGAAGCCUUCAAGAAGCAUCAGGGAGAUUCUUUGGUUACGCGCGUCACAAUCUGCGUGGUGCGAAACUGCUGCUUGAAACAUGAACAGAACAGGCAGGAUUUGGUGAAAGAGGGUGUUCUACCGCUGCUGACUGGGGCUAUUACCCGACACGCGGGACACGCUGACCUGGUCAAGGAGGCGUCUGCAGCCCUCAGGGUGAUGACUUUAGACGAUGAUGUUCGAGUAACUUAUGGCCAUGCACAUGAGCAUGCAAAGAUGAUUGUUCUGGAGCACAAUGGACUGAAAGUUUUAAUUGAAGCAGCAAAAGAUCACCUGGAUAAUCCUCCUCUUUUGAGUGAGCUCUGUGCAACUAUUUCCCGCCUAGCGGUCAGGAACGAGUUUUGCCAAGAUAUCUGUGAUCUGGGUGGAUUAAAACUCAUGAUGACUUUGCUUGCAGACAGCUAUGAGUCAGCGGAUUUGAUCAGACAGGUCCUCAGUGCAACGCGAGCCGUAGCGGGGAAUGAUGACGUGAAAGAUGCAGUUGUUACAGCUGGAGGAGUUCAGCUUAUUGUCAUGGUGAUGAACAAACAUAUGAGCAACCCCGCGGUAUGUGAGCAGGGCUGUGCGUGCCUCUCUGUCCUUGCCCUACGUAAACCAAAGAACUGCUCAGUCAUCAUGGAGGAUGGAGGAGCCUUGGCUGCCGUUCAGGCCAUGAAGACUCACCCGGAUGCAGUCAAUGUACAGAAACAAGCCUGCAUGCUGUUAAGAAAUCUUGUUGCACGUAUGCGUAACUACUGUCAACCAAUCCUGGACAUGGGAGCGGAGGGUCUGAUCGCGAAGGCAGUGCAGAAACAUCAAGACUGUGCUGAUGUGGGGAAAGCAGCACUUAGAGAUCUGGGCUGCAAGGUGGAGCUUCGAGAGCUGUGGACCGGGACGCAUGGCAGCCUUUCAAACUAAAAAUCAUGCAGCUGUAUGACGAGUUGCUAAAGUUGCAUGUUGUGAUAUUGUAAACUACAGUGUUUGGUCAGCAAUUAUUAAUAGUGACACACUUUGACUUGAUUAUGUGUCUCUGAAGUACAAAGAGGCCUUUACAUUGUUCUUUUUCCUUUAUUUGUCCCUAACCGUAACUCUUUCAAUGUUAAUUUGUAUAUUUUGCGCUAUAAGCUCUUUGUAAAUCUAUUUGCUGCUAUAGAAGUAUUUAAACUUCUUUUUUUUUCUCAACCAUUGUUAUAUUAGGGCCAAAUUUUGAAAUAUCUUUUUUAUUGCCUUUUCUACUUUUUAAGAAAAUGAUGUGUUUGAAUUUGUUUGCUGUUGCACUGUUAAACAUUAUUCCAAUAAAUUAAAUAUAAUAAAUGUUUCUGGUAAGAGAAAAUCAUUUUCUUUUUCUCACACAAACUUCUUUAAGUUUUUUUAGAGCACACUUGUUGGACCAAAAUCCACAUUUUCUCUGUUGAUUUUAAAUCCUAGAAAAACUUUUGUGUUGUUACAUUUCCAACCCGUAGGUGUUAGCAAACUGAACAGAAAUCACAUUUUUUUGGAGGUUGUCUUUUCUGUGACUGUACAUCUUUCAUCCACAAUGGAUUGACGACAUUGAACAUUAGUCAAUGCGUGACAACUUUGAUUUGCUUUUUGGUUCAUUUUUGCUUCACCACACUAUUAUGUAUCUUUAACCUGAAAAAAGCAUUUUAAUCUUUUUUCCAUUAAAAAAAUUAUCUGUU